AUGUCCAAAGAGUUAACAACAUUUGUGGUUGACUUGGACCGGGAAAUGGCUCGUGAGCUUUCCCCCGGCCAGUCACAUCUCGACUUCGGCUUGAAGUAUAUGUAUCAUUUGCUCAUGGCCAAGAUCUUCAACACUCGAGUCACAGACUUUGUUUCUGUGAUUGCCUGCCACGCGCCCACUUCCAACGUGGACUUCUCGGAAGAUGAUCAAUUGAAGGGUAUUUACAAGGUCCUUGGUAAGACGUCACCCGGAAUACGCCACUUGAAGGAAGUCGAGUGGUUUUUGGUCCCAAACACCGCAUCUUCACCCGACGAUGGUGAUGUUAUUCACGCGCUUCUGGUGGCAGUAGCUUUAAUGAACCAAGACGCUAAAGGUGCAUUCAUAAGAAAUAUAGUGGUGAUCACCAACGGUGAGGGAGAUGUAAGGUCUUUUGGCACCGAGUUGGCAGACAGCACUGUGGCAGCGGUCAACAAUAUGGGUAUCAAUGUUUCUGUUGUGGGAGUGAAUUUCGGGUCUGACACUUCACCUACCCAGGUGAAAAAUGUGCAAAGUUGGAGAAAGUUGGUGGCCCAGUACAACAAUGGCCACGUGUUGGAUGCUAAUGAUGUUGCCGAAUCGAUCACGAAAAACCCACCCUUGAAAAGGGUGGAUCCUCGGGUAGCAUUCAAAGGUUCUUUGCGAUUGGGAACAGACCCUGCCCAUCUUGGUAGCAGCGGAAAAGAUACCAGUCAGAUUUCUUUGGAUGUGGAAAUAUACCCUGCAGUGAUGCCAGAAAAACUUCCUGCCGGCCAUAAUUACCUUGUCAAAGAUGGUGAAGUAAAACAUCUAACCACUGAAUACGGCUAUUAUGUGGAGCUUGACAACAAAGAUCAUGAAAACAACCCCAAAAAAAAGGUCCCUUUGGAAAAAGGAAACUGGACGGAUGGGUAUAAGUACACCAACAAUGAUAUUAUUGCUCUUGAUUCCAAAACUCUCGCAGCUUCGAGACUUGCAGGGGAACCGGCUAUAGAUGUGGUGGGGUUUAUGAAAAUUGACGAUUUACCAGUAGCUUUCUUCACGGAGGAAAGCAAGUACUUGGUGCCGGCUAAGCUUCUGACAAAUAGAAACCUUUUGGGCUAUAAUUGUCUUUGUGAAGCGCUUCUUGAUUCACGUAUGUUGGUGAUUGGGCGGUUUGUUCAGAAGGAGAACGACGAAGUGAAGAUCUGUGCGUUGAUUCCUUCAAUAACAAAGAUAUCCACUAAAAUCGUCUACUCUUUGCAGCUGGUUCGUCUCGCCUGCAAAGAAGAUGAAAAGUCCGGCCGUUUUCCCCAGUUGUCCACCGAAGAAGCAAAUUCAGAGGACUUGAAGUUGAUGGAGAAGUUUAUCCUCUCGAGGGAUUUGGAUGCCCACACACCUGCCCAAGAAGCGAACAUUGACCAGUAUUGUAUCAAUAAUGGAAAGGUGACAUUACUAUCUCACCAAACCCUCGAAGAAAGAAUUAGGCAAAGCAAAGAGGCAGUUAGUACUGAUUUGAAACUCAUGUCCAACAACCCUGCUAUCCACAAAUUUCAUACAAACUUGUUCAAAAUGCUCCGGGAAGCUGUUGAUAAAACCGAAGUUGAAGAGUCUCCCGUGUUUUUGACGAACAAUACCAUUCCCGACAUCCCCACCAACUUGUUCAACUUAUCCAACAUUCUUCUCAACGGAUACAAUUCCUUCCAUAGUAGUUGGUUAAGCCAGUUGAAUAAAACCGAUGGAACGGUAGAGAAGUUGGCGAAAAAGACUAUUCCUUUCAGGCCCAAAACCAAGAGAAGAAAGCUUGACCAAGAAAAGGUUGGAGCAGGCACCUAUGGAGAGAACGAAGGAGAAUAUGAGUUUAUCGAUAUCGAAGAUAUUCUCACCUAAAUAUGUACAUGAUAAUGAUAAUGAAACCAAACUUCUGUUACUACAACUUGCACCAGAUAUCCUCCUAAAUAUGUACAUGAUAAUGCUACUUAUAACUUGAACAACCGAUUUCUGAUAUCAAACUCUCUAUCUUUGGCAGUUCUACUUCUCUUUUUAGACAUCCCCGUUCCAUCUUCUCCCAAACUAUCAACAAUCUUCUGGUGCACAUUCAUAGAACGAACCCUUUCCUUUUCUUCUUCAAACAUCGACCUCACCUGUUUUCCACCCACCUCUAUAAUCGUCUCCAACUCAAAUAGACCUCUGUACUGCUUGCCCUUGGCUUGUCUCCAAAGAUUCAACCAAUGAUUCGCCAUUCCAAGCUCAUCGUAAGAAU